GCGGCUUGCGGCGGGACAAGCACAGCACGCACGACGCACGAUUGCAAGGUGCCACACAGUGGACCAAGCCUGAGGAACGCUUUUGCCAUGUUCGGAACUGUGCGGGCAGGAGCGCGCUCAGCGGCAUGCUCAACUUCACGGGCGGGGCGACCCUCGCGCCCAGCGGCGUCAUCAUCAAUGUUCGCGGCGCCUCUGCGCCUCGGCCUGCUCCCUCCUCACCCCCGCUCCGUUAGGGGAGUUUGUCACCUGCCGAGGCGUUCAGCCACCGCCGCGUCGCAUCGGGUCGUCGCCCGGGGAACGCGGCCGUUUCACGGCGUCAGCGGUAGAGCACGGGGUGUAGAAGGAGGGGAAGGAUUAGACUGGGGGCAGGCGGCCGCGGCGGCGGGAAAUGAGGGGGAUUCCUCUUCUUCUUCCUCCUCCUCUGACAGCAGCGACGACGACAACGAAGGGCAGGACGAUGACGCUCCGGCCGGAGACGACACCAAAAGCGGUGGGGAGAAGCAGGCGAAGGAGGGGGGGAGAAGCAGUAGCAGCAGCAGGAGCCCGCGCCAAGCAACAACAGACCCGAGAGCGGCGCGACGGGGAGCAGCAGAACGGGUUGGCAGUAUCGCCGGCGGAGCGAGAGAGAGCAGAGACGCGGCCGCAGCGACCGCUACUGCUGCCGCUACCUCGUCCGCGAAAAGCCGUGAGACCGCUGCCUCGAACGGGGGAGCCGGUGGAGCCGCCAUCGAGGAGGAGGCGGAAGACGACGACGGCGAGUACGACUACCGCAGCAUCGGGAGCGAGGUCUACGAGGGCGGAGACUUGGAGGCCGGGGAGACGAUCCGAGGGAUGUACGACUUCGUCGACGACAUCGUGGAGACCCAGCACGUGCCGACCAUCCAGGACCCCUUCGACCACAGGGGCAGGUUCCACAGGUGCCCCGGCAAAAAGCAGGGUAAGGCCGCCCUGCCGUCCACGUGCCAGAUCUUCGACGUCAAGGAGCUGCACGUCAACCACACUCCCCUGCUCAAGAGGUUUGUGAACGAUGCCGGGAUGAUUCUAGGGCGCUACCGCACGGGCCUCUGCGCCAAGUGCCAGCGGAAGGUGGCCCACACGGUCAAGGCCGCGAGGCAGAUGGGGCUCGUGCCCACCGUGAGCGACUACGAGGUCAGGGACACAGGGCCGGGAGGGCUGUACGCGUGGGCAGGAAAAGACGGUGACCACGACGCGAUGGCCAAGGCAAAGGUGGCGGCAGAAAUGGCCCGCAAAAAGAGCGAAACCAAGAAACGGUUCGGUUCGCUGGCGUAGAUCUGCAUUCCCUAGGAGAAGAACCCAGUUUUCUGAUUGGUUGGUCAAACCUUGUUGUUUCAGAGAUGACCGAAGGCCCUUGAGGCGGUAGGAGUUGUCCACGGUCAAUCGGCCAGACAAAAUCUUGGGGAUGGAAGGUUUGCGGAAGAGUCGACCGCGGUCGUCACACGAGACGCGAAUCUUGAUGCGGGCAAACCUUGGGGGUAUUUGCAGGCAGACCACCUCUGACAUGUUUGGAUACGUGUGUCUUCGAGGCGUUUCCGAUUGGCGCCCUCACUAAAUGAAUGCGCGAAACUUGUCCCAUUGGGAGGGGUCAUUUACCCGGUAGCUCUUGCGUGCUCCCGUGUGUUGUGAAUCCCAGAAGGCAAAAUGUGUGUGUAUGGGCCGUCGUUCAUGCGUCCGUCCGCACCAGUGAUACGGACGGUGCGGGCUGUCGAUGUGAAUAAUGAUUGGUCACCGCCGUUUGUGUGUGUGUCAUGGAAAACGCCUGAUAGGGUUGCAUUGGCGUUGGGUUUCACGCCUGGGGAAAGGGUUCCUACAGGGCGGCUUUCAGUUGGGAUCCGGAUGAGCAGCGGGCGGGUGUUUUGUAGUCGGGUGAGCUUUUGCUGACACCUGUUCGGCGGUGAAAUCAAAUCUGGCGUCCUACGAUAUCAAG